CUGUUUCUUCAUUGCUUCUAUAUAUUGCACUCUUUUUUUGGUCUUGUUUUUCUACAUCAAUUGCAGAUUUGGAUAUCGAGACAUUGAAGGUUCUUUGGUGAGAUCAAUUGGGAAAUUAAUCUAGAGAUUGAUUGCCUUUCAUGAUCCCCGACGGAGCUUGUAAUCCAUUAUUCACUUGCUUUUUUACGGAUGACGUAUAUUUGGAUAAUAAAGUCUCCCGUCUUUCUUCAACAUUAAGUUCAAGUCAUGGCUUCAAGUCUAGACCAGCAUGAUUUGCCAAGGAGCGAACAUGAAUUCGCAUCACAGACAUCACAGAGUCAAAUGCCUCCUCGUCAAAAAGAUGAACCCAUCACUUCUCAUGAAGAUUCGGACUCCUAUUCUAUUCACAGUACAGGUAGUUCCAUCUCACAUUCGCCACCUUCGAAUCUCGCUCCGAUUGCCUCGCAUAUCUCCAAUACACAAGAUGCACCAAUUCAACAAACGCACUCAAAUAUAUCCAUUCCUGAUUCUAUCUAUGAUCGCAUUCCUCCCAAUCAAAAAAUGGUCAUUGUGGCUUUACUUUCUUUUUGUAGUUUUCUGGCUCCCAUUAGUAGUACCACCGUAUUGGCGGCAGUGCCAGAGGUGGCUGCUACCUAUAGGACUACCGGUACUAUCAUCAAUUUAAGUAAUGCGUUAUAUAUGUUGUUUAUGGGAAUUAGUCCAUUGGUAUGGGGACCAUUGAGUCAAGUUUAUGGAAGGAAAUGGGUAAGUCUCUGACUCUGGUUCUUGGGCAUAUGCAUCUUUGAAGAUACUAAACAAUCCUAGAUUUCCCUCAUCACAUCCGCUCUCUUUACAGCAUGCUCAAUUGGCACCGCUCUUGCUCCUAAUCUUCCCGCCUUCUUUAUCUUCCGUAUCUUGACAGCCUUUCAAGGAACUUCAUUCUUAACCAUUGGAGCUGCAUGUAUUGGGGAUAUCUAUCGGCCAACGGAACGUGGAACGGCCAUGGGAUGGUUUCUUUCCGGUACACUUAUUGGUCCUGCACUUGGUCCUUUCAUCGGUGGUAUAAUCGUAACAUUUCAAUCCUGGCGUGUGAUUUUCUGGCUUCAAACUGCAUUGGCGGCAUGUGCUGCACUUGGAGCGUACUUCUUGCUCCCAGAGACCAUUCAUCGAAUGAAGAAAGAUGAAUUAGUGGGGAUGAAUUGGAAAAGAAAAGCUGGCGUGUUGUGGGGAAUGUUGAAUCCGUGGAGAGUCAUUAGACUUUAUAAGUAUCCGAAUUUGAUCAUGGUGGCGUUGGCUAGUAGUAGUUUGGUUUGGAAUAUGUAUUCACUUUUGACUCCUGUAUGUUUUCCUAUUUCUUUUUAUUUGUCUAUUUAUUUACUUACUUGUUUAUCUAUCUGUCUAUUUGUCUGUCUACCUACACGGUACGAUAUUAUAUGACAUAACAUGAUAUGAUUUCACCUAUCUUCCUUCGAGUAAUCACACAGAGAGAAAGAUGCAAACUAAUAAAAACCCCACAGAUCCGCUACAUCCUCAACCCACGCUUCCAUCUCACCACCCCAAUUCAAUCUGGACUUUUCUACCUCGCCCCCGGCUUCGGCUACAUCGUCGGAACCUUCUUCGGCGGGCGCUAUUCCGACCACAUAACCAACAAAUACAUGCAAAUCCGGGGAACCCGCAUCCCAGAAGAUCGACUGAGAUCCGCACUCCCCUUCAUUGGCAUCGUCAUCCCAGCAUGCAUGCUCCUCUACGGCUGGUCAGUAGAAAAAGAUUUCGGAGGUAUCCCCCUCCCCGUCAUCAUGAUGUUCAUCCAAGGCGUGGCUCAACUCUUCUGUUUCCCCAGUCUGAAUACAUAUUGUUUAGAUGUGAUGCAGCGGAGUGGUGCAGAGGUUAUUGCGGGGAAUUAUAUGAUUCGGUAUAUUUUUGCGGCCGUGGGGACGGCGACGGUUUUGCCGGCGGUGGAGAAGAUGGGGGUUGGGUGGUUUUCGACGAUUAGUGCGGGUUUUCUUGUUGCGAGUAGUUUGGCAACUUGGGCGGCGGUGGGGGGGAAGGGGUGGAGGGAGAGGAUUGAUGGAGAGGUAGGAAGAAUGGGAAAGAGGGAAGGGAAGAAGAUGGAUGGAAAUGGGAGAGUGGAAAGGAACAGAACAGGUAUGGAUGGGAUCAUGGUGGAAAUGGAAGGAAAAGGAAAAGAAAGAGGGAAACAGAUAAGGAGACUGGAUAUAAUGGGGUAAUAGAAAUGAAGAAAUGAAAUAACAAAUUGGAUAGGAAUUGGAAUAGGAAAUAGGAAUAUAGACGAAAUUGAACUGAAAUGAACUGA